AUGACCACGAUCUCUCCCGAAAAUAGCCUCUCAGCCAGACAGUCAGCUUCCUUCAUCCUGGGGAAGAGAAAACCAGCCAUUGACAGGACAGAGUGGAACAGCUACUUUGAUGAAAAUGGGCAGUUGGCCAAGACCCGAGACUUCAUCUGCGUUAACAUCCUGGAAAGGGGCCUGCACCCCAGCGUGAGAACUGAAGUGUGGAAGUUCCUUACUGGAUACUAUGCGUGGCACAGCUCCCAGGAUGAGCGCCUCUCAAUGGACAGUACCCGGAGGAAAAACUAUGAGUCCCUCUGUCAGAUGUAUGAGAAGAUUCAGCCCCUGCUGGAGAACCUGCACCGCAACUUCACUGAGAUUCGGAAUAACAUCGCAUUUGAUAUCCAGAAACUCUAUGACAAAGAUCCGAUGGGCAACAUCCUUAUCGACAAGAAGAAGCUGGAGAAAAUCCUGUUGCUAAGCUACGUCUGCAACACCCAAGCAGAGUACCAGAAGGGCUUCCAUGAAAUGGUGAUGCUUUUUCAGCUGAUGGUGGAACACGAGCACGAGACCUUUUGGCUUUUCCAGUUCUUCCUGCAGAAAACAGAGCACAGCUGUGUCAUCAACAUCGGGGUGGGCAGGAACCUUGACAUGCUCAGUGACCUCAUCGCCCUACUGGAUCCUGUGUUCUCCGAGCACCUGAAGGGAAAGGGUUCAGGUGCUGUGCAGUCCCUCUUCCCCUGGUUCUGCUUCUCCUUCCAGCGUGCCUUCAAGUCCUUCGAUGACGUCUGGAGACUCUGGGAGGUGUUGCUGAGUGGAAAGCCAUGCCGGAACUUCCAGGUGCUGGUGGCCUACAGUUUGCUGCAGAUGGUGCGGGAACAGGUGUUGCGGGAGAGCAUGGCUGGUGAUGACAUCCUGCUGGCCUGCAAUCGCCUCAUUGACCUUGAUGCUGAUGAGCUGAUCUCCUCUGCCUGCUUGGUUUAUGCUGAGCUCAUCCAGAAGAAUAUUCCCAAGCCACUGAAGGAUUUCUUCCUCUGA